CAACAAGUUUAGUCGUAACGUAGACGUCGGACGGUGCGGUUCAUUCAUUUGGUGGCAAUCGAAUAUAGUCAGUUCGGGCGGGUAUUAUUGUGUUCGCGGCGCUCGUCGUUGUCAUUGUUAUAAUAAAUAAAUAAAAAAUACAAAUUUUAUGAAUCAUUGCAAGUCAAAUAGAAGAAUUCAAUAAAUAAAAAAUUUCAAGUGAAUAGUUCGGUUUCGAAAAAAAAAUACCAACAAAAAGUUAUCAGUAAUGGGAUUAUUUGUUAAUCGCAAACACCUCUGCGGGGUGAUAUUUGUUAUUUUAUUGUUCGGUGUAAUCAACUGUCGUACGGAAGAUGUACGACCUACCUCAGCGCCAGUGCCAUUACAACAGAACCAGACAAGCUGGCAGCAGCGACCUGUAUCGCGUAACAGUGUGCAGCGGUGGAAAGUGAAUCACUCAUCUGCUGGCACCUCACCUUCAUUGCACUGUGACUACAAGGAACUACUGACCAACCUCCACGAUCGUGUCAGUCUAAUGAUUUCCGUCGAUGAAGAUUUGCGUCAACGUCUGGAUACCAUUGAAAAGAAAAUUGUCCAAUUUGAGGAAAGCAAUUUGGCCCGAAUGGACUCAAUGGCAGUGGCUCAAAUGGACUUCGACAAGCACUUGGACGUUAUGGAGCACAUACAACGUCUGACACGCCGCGGUGUUGAUGAACUCAUAGGUGAAUUCGGAGAAUACAUGAGAACACUAAAUCUCUCACACAUUCCCGAUAAUAGAACUCAUCCCUCAGGCAUUGCCGAUGUUGAAAUGAAUAUUUUACGCAAAACUAAACGCCAGGCCGUAUAUAAUUCGCAACAACAACAACAGCAGCAAUCGGCGUCACCAAUGCCGAUCAGUGAUUCACAAAAAUUGGAUGCCUUGGCCACAUUAUUGACAUCGACAAGGGGGGCCAUAAAUGCUUUGCAUUCGCAAUUACAAGCGAAUGUCACCAGACUGAUGCAGCAAACUGGGAACUUACAAAGACGUGUCAACAACCUGGUACGACGACAACAAAAUCAGGGUGCAAUCGUAAGCGUGCCCAAUUUUUACGCCACUGCCAAUUCCCAACAACCCCUCACCACAAGCUGUGCUCAAGGCAUUGCCCCCAUUAAUGGCAUUUUGAAGCUUCAGUUGACACCAACAUCGGAUCCCUUCUACGUUGCCUGUGAAGAUCAAUUGGCCGGUGGCGGUUGGACUGUCAUUUUGAAUCGUUUCAACGGCGACAUCAACUUCCAACGAGGCUGGUUGGAAUACAAGCACGGCUUCGGCAACUUGGCUGGGGAAUUCUUUAUUGGUAUGGAAAAGUUGUACGCCCUGACGGCCUCGGCGAUCCAUGAACUUUUAAUUACACUGGAAGACUUUCAAAAUCACCGUAGAUACGCCCGCUACAACCUCUUUGCCAUUGGCAAUGAAAUGGAAUCGUACGAAUUGAAAUUGUUGGGUAAAUACGAGGGCGAUGCUGGAGACUCCUUGAGCUACCAUGCCGGCAGUAAAUUCUCCACUUUCGACAAUGACAACGAUGGAUGUGUGGACUGCAACUGUGCCCAGUCGCACAAGGGUGCCUGGUGGUACAACUGGUGUGAUAAAUCGAACUUAAUGGGACCCUACCAUGCCACCAAUUACGACAAAAUCGAGCAGUACCGAGGAAUUUAUUGGCACGAAUGGUUGGGAGGAAAUUACUCUUUGAGGGCUGUCAAAAUGAUGAUUCGCCCCGUCAUUGCCGACUCGGAGAGACGUUGAGUCUUUUCGUUUUUAAGGAUUCGUUGAUGUUUUGUUUCCCUUGUGUGUUCGUUAUUGUGCGCUUUGAAUGAUUGAAUUGUGGGCAGGUGUGCCGCAACUAGCCAUGGACAUGCUGCAUUUGUAAUUUAUGUGUAAAUUCGAAUAAAUUUGAUUAUGUACGUUUGUAAAUACA